AUGGAACGGUAUCAGCGCAUUGAGAAGGGCGGCUCCAUUGGCGAAGGCACAUACGGCGUCGUGUACAAGUCACUGGACCUCAAGACUAAAAAAGUGGUGGCACUGAAGCGCAUUCGACUAGAAACCGAGGACGACGGUAUCCCCAGCACGGCACUGCGUGAGAUCUCAGUGUUGCGCGAGCUCGAGCACCCGAACAUUGUCAGGCUAUUAGACUGCUUACAGGAGGACGGCAAACUCUUUCUCGUGUUUGAGUUUAUGGAUAAGGACUUGAAAAGGCACAUGGAGCACAAGAUCGGCAAGCUCGAGCCCAGUCAGAUUAAGAGUUUUCUGUACCAGUUGUUGAAGGGACUCGCGUUCUCGCACUCGCGCGGCAUCAUGCAUCGAGAUUUAAAGCCGCAGAACCUGCUGGUGAACGCAACGGGAGAGCUAAAGAUUGCCGACUUCGGUUUAGCACGAGCUUUUAGUCUCCCGAUUAAAAAGUACACACACGAGGUAGUCACGCUGUGGUAUCGAGCGCCCGAGAUCUUGCUCGGCCAGGAAGUAUACUCACCCCCUGUUGAUAUAUGGUCCGUCGGAGUCAUUUUUGCCGAGAUGGUGUUGAAGAAGCCGCUCUUCCCAGGUGACUCCGAGAUCGAUCAACUCUAUCGUAUCUUUAGGACUUUUGGUACGCCGAAUGAAGCGUCGUGGCCAGGUGUUACAAAACUUCGAGACUACGCGCCUACAUUCCCAAAGUGGAAGAAGAAAAACAUGAGAGAGCUAUUUUCUCAGCUAGACGAGAGUGGACUAAAUUUGCUAGAGUUCAUGUUGCAUUACGAUCCGUCUAUGAGAAUCAGUGCAAAAGAGGCGCUGCGACACCCGUACUUUGAUGACGUAGAUUCCGAGUUUAUGUAG